AUGUCUAGCUUGUUCAAAUCAGCACCCCAGCCGGCCACAGAGCUGGGCAGGUACCGCAUUCUCAGCUCAACUGCUGGAGUGCGUGUGUCUCCGUUGCAGCUAGGUGCCAUGAGCAUUGGAGAAGCAUGGAAGGACUUUAUGGGUUCCAUGAACAGAGAGUCUUCGUUCGCUCUGUUAGACGCUUAUUUUGAGGCGGGUGGUAAUUUCAUCGACACUGCCAACAACUACCAAGAUGAAGAGUCCGAGCGCUGGAUUGGUGAAUGGAUGAAAGAGCGUGGAAACAGAGACCAGAUGGUGAUUGCUACGAAGUUUACCACCUCGUAUCGAAACUACGACAUCGGUCCAAACGCUCCCAAAGGUGCACCUCAGACGGUCAACUUCUGUGGCAACCACAAGCGCAGUUUGCAUAUGAGUGUGCGAGAUUCUCUCGCCAAACUACAGACCGACUACAUCGACUUGCUUUAUCUGCACUGGUGGGACCACACCACCUCGAUCGAGGAGAUCAUGGACUCUUUACAAAUUCUGGUCGAGUCAGGCAAGGUUCUAUACCUCGGUAUCUCCGACACCCCUGCUUGGAUCGUGAGCGCAGCCAACGAGUAUGCCAAGGCUAGGGGCAAGACUCAGUUCAGUGUCUACCAAGGCCGCUGGAACAUCAUGCUCAGAGAUUUUGAGCGAGACAUCAUUCCCAUGGCCCGCCACUACGGCAUGGCUCUUGCUCCAUGGGAUGUGCUCGGCGGUGGCAAGUUCCAGACCCAGAAACAAUUAGAGGAACGAAAGAAGAACAAGGAAGCCCUUCGGAGCAUGAUGGGUGGUGAUCAGACCGACACAGAAGCUAAGAUCAGUGCAACACUUGAAAAGGUUGCCGAAGAAAUUGGCGACGUUUCCAUCACCGCUGUCGCGCUGGCCUACGUCAUGCAAAAGACCAUCAACGUGUUCCCCAUCGUCGGCGGCAGGAAGGUCGAGCAUCUCAAGGACAACAUCAAGGCCCUCAGCAUCCAUCUGUCGGACAAGCAGAUCGAGGCAUUGGAAAGUGUCAUUCCCUUCGAGCCUGGCUUCCCUCACAACUUUGUUGGUGCUGAUCCAAAGACGGGUGGCACACCUGGCUUCCUGAUGGCCUCGGUUGCCCAAAUGUCUUAUCUACAGAGUCCUCAACCCAUUGGACACGCUCAAUAG